ACAACGACUGUUUAUCAUAGACAAUUUAUUUUCCAGUGCUAAGUCAACAUAAAAUAGCAAACGUACAACAAUUAUUUAACAUUUUUAAGCUCAUGCGGCAGGGACACAGUGCUAACAGGGUAGGGAAGACGUCUACAGCCCUGAAGCUGCUGAGCAUUCUCUUUCGUGCAUCUUCAGUGAAUGCGGACUGUUAGCUCAGAGCUUGUUUUAUUUUUUACGACCUUAAAGAAGCGUUUUAUUAAGUGAUGAGCGCCAUUUACAAUAGCCCUAUUCAGCAGAUUGGGGGGCCGCGAUCUGCUUUGAAUUUAACCGGAUCAUCAAUGAUUUACGUCUAUGGGGCAGAGAGAAGUGUGCUACCUGCGCUGGGUUUCGCGUCCACUAAUGUGAUGUCAAGACAGCAACCGCCGCAGAAGCCUCCCUACAGCUACAUCGCCCUUAUAGCAAUGGCAAUCAAAAGCGCCCCAGAUCAGAAGGUCACCCUCAAUGGCAUUUAUCAGUUUAUUAUGGAACGAUUUCCAUUCUAUCACGACAACAAGCAAGGCUGGCAAAAUUCAAUUAGACACAACCUCUCUCUCAAUGACUGUUUCAUCAAAGUGCCAAGAGAAAAAGGUCGACCCGGUAAAGGGAGUUACUGGACACUGGACAAGAAGUGCAUGGAUAUGUUUGAAAACGGAAACUACAGAAGAAGAAAAAGAAAGCCUAAAACACCUGGAUUACUGGAUACCAAAACGAAGAUGAGUAAAUCAUCCGAAGACAGUAAACUUGAUUCCCAAAAUGAACUUGUUUCUUUAGGUACUACAGGAAUACAAGUGUCCGAUUCCCAGAAAGGAAUUGUUUGUAAAGGGGGAAAACCUCUAGGACAGAAGUACAAAACUCUAGCCAAUGACUCCAGUUUCAAGCCGGUUUUAUCAAAUGACGUUUGCACUAUUAAUAGUCUACUGAACUGCGCAGUGAUGCACCACCCUUUUAUGCCAGCUGGCUCUACUUGUCCUGAUGCAGACUCCAGUGGUACCUGUCAAGACCCGCCCUCGCCUGCCCACUGCCACACUGGUAACGUUACUGGGAAAGCGUACCAGUUGAACGGCACAGCAUCUCCUAAAGAUGAAAUGUCACUUUCUGAGGGGGUUUCCAAGAAAAACGCCUCUGUAAAUACCAUGCCUAAAAAAGACAAAAGAUUCGAUUAUCUGGACGAAAGUGAGGAUUCUCCUGGUACAAAUAAAUCGAUAUCUACGAGACAUGCUACUGCUAAUCAUACCAGCGCAAAAUGCGGAGAUCACAUCUCUGCCUCUACUACUGACAGGUCUAAAGGCUUCAGUAUCGACAGCAUUCUGUCCAAUACAAGUAACCAAAGUUAUUCCAAAAGAGGUGUUCAUAUUGCAGCCACAGGACUGGACAGCAAACCCAUCCUCGAUAAUCUAGGAGGCAAAACUGCAGGUAUAUGCUCAGGUAUCAGUGCACCAGUGCUAUUUGAGACGCAGGCAAUUCCGACAACAUUUUAUCACUUUGGACUACCUUUCUGCUCGUACAUACCUCUGGCUUAUCCAGAAAAAAUCCUUAACUUAAAUAGAUAGAUAGAUAGAUAGAUAGACAGAGUGAGCUGAGGACAAGAGUUUAGGAAAAUCAGUUUAAUUUUUACUCUUAUAUUGCACUAUACUGAAACAUACAUCAACCUAUUUUAUUAUUUCUGCAAUAAUUUUCAUUCACUAUAACUUAAUUAUACUGUAUAUAUUUUUAAAUUUACACGUAGUUUUCAAAAAGUUUAAAAAUACCCAUAAUUUAAUUAGUUAGCACAAAAGAAAACAAAUGACCAUGAAUCACAUGCUGAAAAGCUAAAGUGGGGCUUUCUAGAAAAACAAAACAUAAAACCAUUACCUGUAGAUUUAAACAUAAAGUGCAGCACCUCUCAUCAUACUUGUAACAAUUCCAAGGGACUGUUUUUAUUUUGUUUUAUUUUUUUUGUUUUUUUCUUCAAGCUUUCACAAUACGACUCAUUUUUAGGAACACACUGAGAUGGUUACCAUAUUUAAUAAAUUAGUUUUUUAGAGUUACUGGUAAUUGUAUCCCCUCUUUCUAUG